AUGGAGGUCACCAGAAAAAUCCACCUGAUGCUGAGGAGUGUGAAGAGUCUUCCUGGCUUGUGCAUGAUUGCUUAUGGCAUGGAGAACCAAUUGUUGCCUGACCUGGAUAAACCAGCUCAGAGUUCACAUGGGAGUAUCAGGAGUACUUUGGCAUUAGCUGUCCUGGUACUGAUACAGGUUCUCUUUGAAGCCCCUUGUGCUACUCCACUGAUCUGUAGCUUUGGAAGGCCGGUGGACCUGGAGAAGGAUGACUACCAGAAGGUUAUAUGCAACAACGAGCAUUGUCCAUACAGUACUUGGAUGCACCUUCAGUGUUUCUACGAGUGGGAAAGCAGCAUCCUUGUCCAGUUCAAUUGCAUUGGCAGAGCCAGGAGCUGGAACGAAAAGCAGUGUCGCCAAAACAUGUGGACCAAGAAGGGUUAUGACCUGGCUUUUCGCUUUUGCUCCUGUCGGUGUGGGCAGGGUCAUUUAAAGAAGGACACUGACUGGUACCAGGUGAAGCGAAUGCAGGAUGAUAAGAAGAAGAAAUCAGUGUUGGAGAAGAGUACAGGAAGGUCAAUGGCAGAGUCAGCAGAGGAGGCCAAGAAGGGCAGGCCGGCCAACAAGCCACAGAAAGGCUUGAGUAAUGACCUCCAGCGAAGGCACUCGAUGGACAGGCAGAACUCCCAAGAGAAGGGUGUCAUGGGUGGCAGCUAUGCUGUUCGUUCACCUUGUGUCUCUCCUGGCCAGUCCCCACCCACUGGCUACUCUAUUCUUGCCCCCACGCAUUUCAGUGGCCCUCGUUCCUCACGAUACUUAGGAGAGUUUUUGAAGAAUGCCAUUCACCUGGAGCCCCAUAAGAAGAACAUGGCUGGUGGGGGCAUGUUCAGGAAUGCGCACUUUGAUUAUGGCGCAGCUGGCUUGCAAGCACAUAGAUCAGGACACUUUGAUGCUCCUGUGCAGUUUUUGAGAAGGCUUGAUCUGUCUGAGCUGCUCACACACAUCCCCAGGCAUAAAUUGAAUACUUUCCAUGUGCGGAUGGAAGAUGAUGCCCAGGUGGGCCAAGGGGAGGACCUUCGAAAGUUCAUCCUUGCUGCUCUCAGUGCCAGCCACAGAAAUGUUGUAAACUGUGCGCUAUGCCACAGGGCACUGCCAGUGUUUGAACAGUUUCCGCUGGUGGAUGGGACCCUGUUCCUUAGCCCAUCGAGACAUGAUGAGAUUGAAUAUGAUGUUCCCUGUCACCUUCAAGGAAGGCUUAUGCACCUCUAUGCUGUUUGCGUAGACUGCUUAGAAGGGGUUCACAAAAUUAUCUGCAUUAAGUGCAAGUCCCGAUGGGAUGGAAGCUGGCAUCAGCUGGGAACUAUGUAUACCUACGAUAUUCUGGCAGCAUCUCCCUGUUGUCAGGCUCGACUGAACUGUAAGCACUGUGGGAAGCCAGUAAUAGAUGUACGGAUUGGCAUGCAGUAUUUCUCCGAAUACAGUAACGUCCAGCAGUGUCCUCACUGUGGAAAUCUAGACUACCACUUCGUGAAGCCAUUUUCUUCAUUUAAAGUUUUGGAGGCUUAUUGA